UUCAAGCAAAUGUAAGUUAAGUUUCGUUAAACUUUCCUUCAAUUUAAAACGUGAAAUUAUAUGACAAUUAUAUAAAAUAUUAAUUAUUAUAUGACAGGCUGUAUGGUGGGAUACCUUUUUAUCAAUAAUUGUGACAUUGACAACUACCUGUUUUUUCGAUAAUUGUAUAUGUAAUAGUUGUCACUUGUCAAGGUAAACAAUAAAUUAUGAAUUAACAUUGUAAAGUGCAAUUAAUAAUAAAUUAAAAAAGUGAACAUUGAUAAUCCUUUUUAUUUUAUAUUUGGUUUAUUUCUACUUCAAGUGCAAUGAAUAAUCCGGUAGUGACAGUAAAAGAAGGAAAAUUGCAAGGUACUAUUGAAAAUUUGAGUGAUGGAACAAAAUACUACAGCUUCAAAGGAGUGCCAUAUGCCGAACCUCCUAUUGGAAAAUUAAGAUUCAAGGCACCUAAGCCAUUGAUGCCAUGGAAUGGAAUAUUAAAAGCAAUAGAACAUGGACCUGUAUGCCCCCAAAUCGAUCUUCUAACUCGGAAUCUAUUAGAAGGCAGUGAAAAUUGUCUCUUUCUGAAUAUUUACACACAAUCGCUUCGACCAGACUCAAAAAUACCAGUAAUGAUUUUUAUUCAUGGUGGAGGAUUUCAAGCUGGGUCUGGGAAUUCCGACAUGGCCGGUCCAGAGUUUUUGAUUCAGCAUAAUGUUAUUUUGGUAACUAUUAAUUAUAGGUUAGAAGCAUUAGGUUUUCUAUGUCUCGAUAUUCCAGAAGUGCCUGGUAAUGCUGGCUUAAAAGAUCAGGUUGCAGCAUUUAAUUGGGUUAAAAAUAAUAUUGCCCAGUUUGGCGGUGAUCCUGAAAACAUUACUAUUUUCGGAGAGAGCGCCGGUGGUGCAUCAGUGACAUACCACAUGAUAUCUCCUAUGGCCAAAGGACUAUUUGAAAAAGCGAUAGCACAAAGUGGUACAUUCUUAGCAGAUUGGGCAUUUCGAAACAAUGCAAAAGAGAAUGCUUUCAAUAUUGGAAAUUAUUUCGGAAAAAACACCAAUGAUCCUUAUGAGUUACUGGAGUUCUUACAAAGCAUUCCGAGUAAUAAGUUAGCUGGGAUAACAUAUCAAAUAAUGACGCAUGAGGAUAAGGUAAGAGGAAUGCCGAUCAUUUUUACUCCUGUUGUUGAAAAAGAUUUUUCAAAUUGUGAGGCAUUUCUUAACGAGAAUCCUCUUGAUAUGUUAAUGUCUGGAAAAAUUCAUAAGGUUCCGUUUUUAACUGGCUACACAACCGGCGAAGGUUUGGUAUCAGUACCUAAUGAAUUGAAAAAAUUAGAAGUUAAAAACAAGUUUCCAUCGUAUUUUUUGCCAAAACAAAUAAGCAUGGCGGUAACAGAGGACAAGGCUAAAGAAUUAGGUGAACGAAUCAAGCAAUUCUAUUUUGAAAACAGAGAUAUCACACGUGAUGACGUCAAACAAUUAGCAAUCAUCGGGGGACUUCAAUUAACCAUAUACGACAUUUAUAGAUUUCUUCACUUCUAUAUUAAAGCUUGUGAAACAGUUUACAUGUAUAGAUUUAAUUUGGUGACGGAAUUGAAUUUGAUAAAAAUAAUGUUAGGAUUGGAAGCUUAUGACGGUGCAUGUCAUGCAGAUGACAUUUUCUACAUCUUUAAUAAUAUAAGUACUAGAGAAAAAUGUGAAGAACAGAAGAAAUUAAGGGACCAUGUAUAUAUGGUAACAAAAUUUUGGACCGAUUUCGCUAAAACCGGAAACCCGACUCCGGAUAACACAUGCAAUUUUAAAUGGAAUCCAUACACAAAAUCAAGCAAAGAGUAUUUGCGUAUAGAUGAGACUUUGUCCAUGGGAACAAACGAUGAUAAAAUGCACAUAGACUUUUGGAACAAGCUGUUUAUAGACGCCGGUCUGCCAGGUCUUAGCAGAAGUAGCUUGUAAAAUAUCACAAAUUAAUAAGCGAUAUACCAUUUAUUAUGUAUAUUUUGUAAGAAUACUGAAUGUUUUUUUUUGGGGAAAAGGCUUUUUAAAGGUUUUAACUAAUUCUAUGGGUGUACGAUUACAUAAUAUUAAAUAUAUUGGUGAAACUAAAUAAUAUAAAUAACUAUUUGUAUAGGUAAUCACAUACUUUUGUACGUGUUUUUUUUAAAUAAUAGAUUAAUAUAUAAUAAUAAUAAAUAAUGGGGCCUAAUAAUAGGGGACUGGCAAAUGGGCCUUAUAGUAAAUGAUGAGCACCGCCCAUAGACAUUGGUGCCGUAAAAUAGUAACCAUACCUUAGAUCGCCAAAGGUUUUUUUUAGGCGUUUCUCACACGGGAAAAUGGGGGAAGGGGUAUGUAGGUGUGUGGCUCGCCGGUAUCCAAGGCGUCGAGUGCACCCCGAACGUCGGAAUACCCACUAAAAAUCAGCAGUAACCUUUCCGUCCUAACGAGGAGCGCCACGGGGUCGCUUGCGUAUGCUACCGUUCGCCAAAGCUCCACCAACCUAUUCCAACUAAAAGAGGAGUAAAGACAAAUAAACAUCUUUGAAUUGACGCGAUAUCAUUCGUCGAGAUUUUGAAUAAUCUAUGAUAUUCACUAUGGAUUCGUGAAAAACUGGCGUGUUCAAUGGCCGCGAAAUUGUAAUCAGAAAUUUGGAAGUUUAAAUAAAGUGGUUAUAACUAGUUAAGUGGGAUAGAGUUGUAUUAUAAAUAAAAGUAAAUGAAUUAAAAACUGUUUGUUGUGCAUAAUACAACAGAGCUUUUAGCAAAAUGCGUAGAAUAUGUAAAUCUUAUCUUAAAGUUUGAAUAUGUUUACUCCUUCGAUUGGAAUAGGGUAUAGUUUCACUAGCUCACUCGCCUAAGUAUUGUGGUUUGACAGAAUAUGUGAUGAGUUGCCCGCACGAGCUCGCACAAAGCCCUACUUUCAAAUAACAAGAUUGAAUUUAAAACAUUAACUGGAUACAAUGAAGCAACUGUUCACAAAAAAUAUAUUACCUUCUGCAUUUAAAAAGAAUUAGAACAUAAGUCCAAUUAUUUUUACUUAUAAUUGAUAAGGCAAAGAAGGUAAAUGACGUCAGGUUUCAAUUCAAAAUCUGAUAAAUAAAUGAAAAUGAAUAAUACUUAGAUUCAAACAUGAAUGGCGCUUAUUCCAUACACUUUCAAUUCUGACAUUAUUAAAAAUACUCGUAAAAUUUUAAUGUGUAAAAUAUUUACAACAAAGUUCAUAGAAAUUUAUUACGAUAGGUUGAUCAUAAUCUGUGAUUUUGAAGUUGUUGGAAUAAAAUAUUCCAUUUGUAUUUUCUAUUUAUACUAG